UAGAUGAACUCAAAAAACCAAUCCAAGCGCAUCUUCAAAUCUCAUUCUUAAAAUUUAAAAAGCUACUAAAAUUAAACCAUGCCAAAAAUUAAUAAACUAAAUUUCAUUUUUAUAAUUAUUUAUGUUAUAGUGAUUAGCAGUGUGCUGGGUGUGUGUGAAAAAAAGCCGAAAAUUAGGAAGAAAAAUGUUGACUCGCAACUCGAGAGUUUUAUUGACUUAGUGGAAGAAAGUGGAUAUGUAGGUGAAGAACACAGAGUGAAAACAGAAGACGGGUAUGAUUUGACGGUCCACAGAAUUCCGGGUGGGCCCCAGAGUCCUGUUAGAUUUGGAAAACCAGUUAUUUUGUUACUGCACGGAUUAAUGGCCGCAUCUGAUAUAUGGGUCUUACGAGGACCGGGUCAAGAUCUAGCCUACUUGCUCUCGGACACGGGCUAUGACGUCUGGGCGAUAAACGUCCGGGGUAAUUACUACUCUACAUUACACAACAGCAUUACAAAUAACUCAGCCUACUGGGACUACAGCUGGCACGAAAAUGGAAUGUACGACGUACCAGCGACGAUAAACUACAUACUGUCGAAAACCCGGCAGAGUAAGCUGUCACUAUUAGGGCACUCUAUGGGAGGAACUGAAAUAUUGGUCCUGCUAUCUUCAAGGCCUGAAUUUAAUCACAAAAUUAACAUCGCUAUUACUUGGGCCCCUGCCGCCAUGGUUUCUCAUGACAUACCCGGAUUUUUUCCUAAUUUUCUCUUUCGUCAUAGCAAACGAAUAAAGGAUUUGUUCAACGAGUACAAUUUGUACCAAGUAAUGCCGCGAGUUAGCAAACGACGAUCUGAUUUUUUGAACGUCUGGUUCAGUUUAUGCUGGAGAUUAAAUAUCAAGUCAAUUUGUCUAAAAUUACUCGAUGUUACUUUGGGAUUUAAGAAUCUUAAUAAUUUAGAUUUGGCGUUAAUUCUGCGCAUUAAGGACCAUUAUCCUCAAGGAACUUCUCUAAAAACUAUUUUACACUACGGUCAAAUUUUUAAAAAUCGCAGAUUCCAGCAAUACGACUACGGAAAGAUGAUCAAUUUGAUAAAAUACAACGACGUAACACCACCAGAGUAUCCAUUGAAUAGAAUAACGACUCCUUUAAUUAUUUACUACGCUCACAAUGACAAAAUAGUUACCAAAAAUGACGUUGAGAUGAUGUUACAAAAAAUUCCUACGGCAAUCGCCAAAGAAGUACCUGGCGAUAAAUUCGGACACUUAGAUUUUAUAACUUCCAAGAACACCAAACACCUCGUCUACGACAAAGUGAUUGAGGAUCUAUUCUCUUACACAAAUUAUAAUUAUUUAGCGAAUUACAUCAGAUUGGUUGUUUUAUUGAGAAAUAAACAAUAUUGCACGGUAAUUCUAUCGAAAAUUAUGAACUCUGGUGUCUUUCUUUGGACUCUGUUGGUCAUCGCCGAUGGACCUAAGGCCAUCAUAGGGUUGGACCAGAAUCCCAACACGGAUUUGAAGACGCCUGACCUUAUCACGAAGUACGGCUACCCGGUAGAGGCUCACAAGGUGGUCACAGAAGAUGGAUAUAUCCUGGAGAUGCACAGGAUUCCUUUUGGAAGGUAUGAAGAUAGAAGGUCGGCCAGGUUGUCCAAAAAUCCUAUUCUUCUUCAGCAUGGACUCGCGGGAAGUUCUGCAGACUGGGUGCUCACUGGACCUGGAAAAGCAUUGGCGUACAUGCUAGCGGAUGAAGGUUACGAUGUCUGGCUAGGAAAUAAUCGUGGGAACCUCUACUCCCGUCACCACCGUGAAUUGCUUUCAACUAAUCGUACUUUCUGGGACUUUAGUUUUCACGAAUUGGGAAUAUAUGACCUACCCGCGAUGAUCGACUACAUAUUAGAAGUGACCUCCAGGUACAAAUUGCUGUACAUCGGACAUUCACAAGGGACUACGCAAUUCUGGGUAAUGACCUCAACCAGGCCCGAGUACAAUGACAAAGUUAGUCUGGCUGUCGGCCUUGCACCCGCAGCGUACACCAGUCAUAUGCGGGGACCAGUUACGCAACUCGCCAAGUUGACAUACUUUGGUGUGUGGGUUGGUGAGAAAUUUGGCUACCCCGAGUUCGGUUCCAGAUCACCCUGGGGUAAAUUCGUCGGUAACUUAGUCUGCCACGGUGGAGCUCCGACGCAGUUUCUUUGCAGUAAUAUUCUCUUCCUUAUCGCCGGAUUCAGUCAGGGGGAACUUGACGCCGGAAACCUGACAGUUAUAAUCGGGCACGUGCCGGCAGGAGCCUCUUGGAAGCAAUUUGUCCAUUUUGGGCAAGGAUUUAUCAACCCUGGGCACUUUAGAGCAUUUGAUUAUGGAGAAAAUAACGAUAAAAAUUUAAAACUUUAUAAUUCUUUGAUACCACCGGAUUAUCAGCUUGAGAAAAUAUCAACACCUAUCGCACUCUACAGCAGCGAUAACGAUUGGUUGGCAACGCCUGAGGACGUCGAUUUACUGAGAGCCAAACUGCGCAACAUUGUAGUCGAUUACAAAGUAGAAGGCCGCGUUUUCAACCACUAUGACUUCCUCUGGGGAAAUUCAGCCCCCGAGUCACUCUACGAGCCGAUUAUAAGAUUGCUUCGAAAAUACCGAUGAUUUUAACUUUUAAUUUGAAGAAAAUUGCAUUUAUAGAAAUUAUCUAGUCAGUAAUCGAAGAUUUGUAAAGGUUUUCGCAAAAAUACACUGAUUCCAAAGUUCAA